AUGACUACAAAAACCGCCCAAGCCCCGUCCCUGGCCGUCAUCUGCCUCGCCGGCGUGUCGACGGCCUCGCCCUUCACGCUCGAGGCCCCGGACGGUGGCCACACGCUGACCUUCAGUGGCCAGCAGCAGUCCCGCUACACGAUCACGCUCGGUGACGACCCCGUCGCGGGUGAUGACGAUGUCGGCGGCUUCACGCUCCCGCGCACCGCGAUCCGCCUCGAUGGGACCGCGCCGCGCGGGAUCAGCUACGGCAUCCAGGCGGUGUUCGACACGUCCGGCGCGUUCGUGCUCGAGGAGGCGUCGAUCGGCUUCGAGCUGGGUACUCACUGGAGCCUGAGCGUCGGUGUCCUCGCGUUGCCGCUGCUCACGGAAGACGCGGUCUUCGACUACUACGGCCAGGCGGUCGACCAGAGCGCCGUGAACAUCGUCUUCGGGCAGGGGGAUAGCGACGGCAUCGUGCUGAGCCGCGAGGACGAGACGACGCGCCUCUCGCUCGCGUUCUCGGAUGGGCUGAACUCCACCUCGACGGACUUCAACGCGGACGCGGUCGAUUACGCGUUCACGGCGCGAUUCGAUCUCAUGGGCGGCCCAUCGGGAUGGGGAGAUUUCGACGAGUUCCCCUCGUUCCGAGGCUCGCCGGACGCCUGGCGGAUCGGCGGCGCGGGGCACUACGAGGAGGGCGACCCGGGCGGCGGCACACGGGAUGUCCUGCAGUGGACCGUGGACGCGCACCUCAAGGGCAACGGGUGGAACGUUUUCGCGGCGUACGUCGGGAGGCGCUCGGAUACACCCGGUGUCGGCGCGUUCACCGAUCACGGCGUCGUGGCGCAGUUCGGCGUGUUCGUGACGGACGAUAUCGAGCCGUUCUGCCGGUACGACGUGCUCCUGCCGGACGACGAUCGCGCGGGCAACGACGACCUGCACACGAUCACGUUCGGCGCAAACUGGUACAUCCACGGGCACGCGUUCAGGUGCACCGCCGACUGCGUCCACGUGCUCGACGGCACGACGGGCAACGACCUGUUCGCGGGCGGCGAUUCGACGAUCGGCGUCCUCGCGGACGACGGGGAGCAGACGGUCCUACGCGUGCAGAUGCAGCUGCUGUUUUAG